GCGAAAUGACGUAUUUCCGGUAUUUCUAAAGGUAGGUAUACAACAAAUAAGUAACUUGUAAGAAAUUAACAUGCCAUCAGCAGUAAAUUAUCUUUUAAACAAAAAUAUUGUUAUAUUUACUAUACGUCUCACAUUGUUUUGAUAUAUUUUUAUAACUAUUUGAAAAUUUUAAGUAGUGUUUCUCUUUGGUGUAUAACUACCUUACAUUUACUUUUUAAAUUGAUGGUUUAAAAAAAUAUUUUCAUAGAAUCAUAGAUGUCGUAACCAACCAGCUGAACGUCAAAUCAAAAGCGUAGUGCUAAAUAAUAUUAUUUAAUUUUAAUAUUAUUAUGGGUGACGAUAAUUUAAAUUCCAGUAAAAAAUGUGAUACAAAUAAGUGUAAUGUUUUAAUAAUUGGCGGUGGCAUGGCCGGUCUGGCUGCCGCCAAUGAACUUAUCAAAAAUGGUAUGGACGACUUUAGAAUAUUAGAAGCGAGGAAUCGAAUCGGUGGUAGAAUCAUUUCUAUUCCACUGAAAAACCACGAAGUGGAGUUAGGGGCGAACUGGAUUCAUGGAGUUCUCGGUAACCCGAUAUUCGAUAUAGCUAUGGCUAAUGGUCUAGUGAAUAUAAUAAAUAUACCUAAGCCACACAAAGUGAUAGCGGCGACUGAGGAUGGCAAACAGGUGCCGUUUGGCGUGCUACACGAGAUCCAUGAGGCGUACGUAGUGUUCUUGCGCCGCUGUGAGGAGUACUUCCUGUGUCAGUAUCUGCCCCCGCCAGAUAUUCAUAGUGUAGGAGAGCACAUUAACCUGGAAGCCACCAUAUACUUGGAGCGUCUUCCUGACUCUGAAGAGAAAAAACUCCGCCGGCUCAUAUUUGACUGCUUGUUAAAACGGGAAACAUGUAUAUCAGGUUGCAACAGCAUGGAUGAAAUAGAUCUUUUAGAAUUAGGCAGCUACACAGAACUUCAAGGUGGCAACAUCAUGAUUCCUAAAGGUUACAGCUCUAUAUUACAACCUAUGUUAAAAAAUAUUCCACCUGAAAAAAUAAUAUCUAAUCACCCAGUAAAAAAAAUUGUUUGGGAUUCCAACCAGCACAGUAUGCGGCCUGAAGAUUUGGGAGAGGAGUCAGAAGACUCAGACCAGACAGUGAUAGAAGAUAUAUCUAAGACCUCUGCCUCUGAGUGUAUGGUUAACCCUAGUGAAGGAAGUUUAAUGUCUGAAAAUGCACACAAACCAAAGAAAAAAAAUGGACAUUAUGUUGAAGUUACCUGUGCAAAUGGAGAAACUUUUUUUGCUAAUCAUGUGAUAUGUACAAUACCUCUUGGUGUGCUUAAAGAGACUGCCAAGGAUCUCUUCCAGCCUUCGUUGCCUCAGUACAAAAUGGAAUCAAUAGAAAGACUGCUAUUUGGCACAGUAAAUAAAAUAUUUUUGGAAUAUGAAAGACCAUUUCUAAAUCCUGAUAUUACUGAAAUAAUGUUGUUAUGGGAGAGUCCAACAACACCUGAAGACAUGGCUGAGUCAUGGUAUAAAAAGAUUUACUCAUUUAGUAAAGUAACAGAGACCUUGUUGCUGGGCUGGGUGUCAGGGAAAGAGGCUGAAUUUGUGGAGACAUUAACUAUGGAUCAAGUUGCUGCAGCUUGCACAAACAUUUUAAGGAAAUUCUUGAAUGAUCCAUUUGUACCAGAGCCGCAGAAAUGUGUAUGUACAAGUUGGAACAAGCAGCCCUACACGCGAGGCUCAUAUACGGCUCUAGCUGUAGGCUCCAGCCAGACAGAUAUUGAGAGUUUAUCGCAGCCACUAUUCAGGAAUGUUCAUGAUAAAAAGCCGACGCUGUUGUUUGCCGGCGAGCACACGCACAGCAGCUACUACUCGACGGUGCACGGCGCCUACCUGUCGGGGCAGGCGGCGGCGCGGCGCCUGGCGGCCGCCUCGCCGGCGCCGUCCGCCGCCGCGGGGCUACUGCACGGCGCGCGCGACGCCGACCUCGCCGCCUGGAUAGAGGGCAUACAGCUAGGGUAACCGGUAUCCAACUGAACAUGUAUAAUGCAUAAAUGACAGGUUAUGGGUGGAUUACAAAAAAAUGACACAGUUAAGGACGUGUAAUUAGUUUUUAGUUGAUUGAUUCCAUUUUGUUCCGACUAUUGAGCGGUCUGUGGCUUAAGUUUACAUGCAUGAAAGUUUGUAAGCGUAUGCUGUAGACUAAAAUAGGAAAUAGGUACAAUAAAUACGAAACGAUACAUUUAACGAAGUUUAUCUUCGUAACACAAUGGAAUCAAUUAACUUAGGACUAAUUAGGUACAGGUCCUUGACUACGCUUAGCUACGUUUUUUAUUGCAAUUCAGCCGUAUACUUUUAUUAAUUGACACUAGAAUAAUUGUUCCUAGAGACGAGUAAAUAUUAAAGACUGCUUAUUGCAAUACAAAGUUCACUCGAUAGUCUUAUUAGGACUCUCCACUAGAUGGCGUUGUUAAUAUAAACGAGUUCCGAUUUCGUCAACCAGUUCAAAACUUCAAACCAUCGUGAUGAACAUUUAUCGAUCAGGAAUGCAACUUUCUAAGACCAUGUGAAGUCUUUAUUAUUUAACCCAUGUCUGAUAAAAGUAAUGUUUUGUAUUUAUGUCUAGCAUUGUUGAAUACAGUACAAAACAAUGAAUUAGAUGGUACCCAACUAAUGAGAUUUAAGAGGCUUUUAUUAAGAUUUGUCAAAAGCUUUUGAGUCAAAAUUUAUAAAUAUAAUAAGCCAAGAUAAUGAUGCAAAAAUUGGAAACAAUUUGUGUUAAACAGAACACAUUACUUAACUCUAAAAAUGAUACAAUGAAGUUACCUUUGCCUUAAAAGAAAAUUCUCUAUAUUCAAAAUGGCACAGUCAGAGAGGUUGUAUACAUCCUAUUUAUUUUAGUUAUAAAUUAUGUAGAAUUAAGUAGCAAUCUGUAACGUUCUAUGCCUAAAUGCUCCAUGUGCAUAAGGACCCUUUAGGCAUGGAACGCCACUAUAAUACUCUGUCUGUACCCUUAAUAAAAGCCGAAGCAAUAACGGAAUGAAAAUGCAAUAUCCCUCUAAUGGAAUGUCUACACAUGUAUAUAUAGGUAUUAUUAUAACUGUGUAUCGUGCUCGCACACGCGUUCCGUCGAUCAUUUACAUACCAUAGCUUUUUCAUAGUUGGCUAAGAGUUACCAAAAAUUUUUUUUUUUUUCGAUUAAUGAUUUUUUAAAGUAUUAGAACUCCAUCAAUGUAUGUUUUGUUUGAUUCCAAAUGAGAUUCAGUGAUUUUAUUUUAAACCAACUGUACACAUUUGCUGUCACAUCAUACUAAAAAUAUCAACCUUAGUGGGCUUAUUAAAUAUUGCCUUGUUAAAGCCUCUACGUUGUGUUUAACGUGCCGUAAGUUUUAUCACAAUACGGUUACCAUUAAUUUAAUUAGCAAGCUUGAGGAUUUUCUCUAAGGACUUCAGAGAUUUACGAAAAGAAUCACGAACAAAGGUCUAAAACGCACUUUAAAAAUUUGUAACUAUUUAUGCGAUUACUUUUUUCUUUUUUUAACUUGCAACAAAUUAAAAAACAUGAUAUCCGAUCCGCAGUCCCGAGCACGCACAUCUAUCUCGCUCACGCUUACGCUCAGUGAGAGUGAGAGAAGAACACGAACCUACGGGCCUUAAAUAACCAUACCUACGUAUUAUCAGGGAUGCUUGCAAUAACUUCGAAACAUUACAUAAUUGCGGUAUGACGCAAAAAUCAUAAAUAAAAUUAAAUGUAACUAUAGGGUAAAGUAGCCUGCUCUCUAUAUUCUGUUUAUUUUGUCAGUCAACUUAAUCUUUGUAGAUUUAUCUCGCAUUUUCUUAAUAAAAAUGUCAGUUGGCUGUCACUCUAUUAAAACACUAGUCAAACCAAGAUAACUUGGCAGCGAUUUUUAUGGCCAAGACGGUGCACGGGUUAUUUUAAACCAAACUUCUAUUAAAUUAUGAGGUUUAUUUGACAUACCGUCUGGGCUUUCAAGAUCGCUGCCAACUUAUAUUGAUCCGACUCUAAACGGACCCCCUAAUGACAAUCUAGCUAACUUUAAAACUCUUAUUGUGAUACAAACAUAUGGUUAUCCUAACAACAUAAUAAUUCUAGAUAGCGUAAUUUUAGCACCUCGUUCAUGAUGUGACUAUAAGUGUUGCUAACUACAUAAACUCUUUGGAGAAACACUACUUUGUAUGGGAAUGUUUCUUUAUUAUUCUACUCUAGCCUGCCAUAAGUAGACAUCCCACCUAAGAAUUAAUUCCAUAUGUGUUGUUUACUGCUGUAUUCGUAUGUGUGUUGUACAAUUCUUAUAAUAUCUGACCACUCAAAUAAUGGAUCUUGUAUGUGUUUCUAUUUUAUUAACCAACAUUCAAACCAUAUAUCCAUAAUUGCCUGCGCGGCACCUUCCCAUACAAACGGAAUUUCGUUUUCAUUUUAAAACUAUGUGUUGAAUUGUAAUUAAACCUUGCACAUACAAUGUCAUGAGGUAUAUCUAGGGGCUGAAAUUAGUUUAUAUUGCUCCACCUUAUGAAAUAAACGACAUCGAGCAAAAAAUAGUUUUGUAUGAAAAUCUUUAAUUAGCUGUAAUUUUUUAACUAUGCUAUCUGAGAGAUAUACAGCCCUAGAUAUACCUUUUCCUAUUGGAAGUACAAAGCUUCAGAGCAAUCUAGCUAGUCGUUUUAAAAUGAGAGCGUAACUACAUUUGUAUGGAGAAUUGAGCUUGCUGGGGCUUAAGUAGUGCAAAAUAAAGCAAGUUUGACAGCUGAAAUAGAUUGCACAGUACGGCUAUGCCUCGGCCUCGGCAUCCCCGUACCCCGUACAUUAGUAAAGAGGUAACAAGGUAGUCACUUCCCAAGAUCUAGUGUUUCUCAAUCCAGGUACCACAAAGUGUAUUACCACGUAUACAUACAGCGCCAUAGCUACAUUUUGCACUAGUUUACGUGAUUUAGUAUCCUUUAUUUAUCUUAUGAGUUAAUUUUUAAUCCUCGCAAAAUUAUGUUACAUUUAUUAGUAUUACUUUAAUUAUUUUUUGUUUUGUUAGUUUGGCCAUGUACCUAUAAGGCUACAAAUACGGAAUUCGAGAUGAAAAUUAUCAAUGUCAAGAACAUACAAUGAUAAAUACAUGAAAGGCCGUUUCACGAACGCUUUUCUACUUUUGAUACUAUAAUUCGCUCUUUUAUAAGAUUGGAGAUUAUUCACUUUAAAGAGACUUUCUAUCGGGCACUUCAUGCAUCAUAAUCAGAAAUCAUUUUAACUAGCACGUUAAUUUAAUUUCUUAUUUACUUCCAAAUUUAAUCACAUAAUGUGCCUAAUUUAGAAGCUCAUACUUUUGAGGAGUUCUUUCUACUAAAAAUAUUACCUAUAAUCAACAAGAAAGUAAAUUCAAUUAAUUGCCUUCAUUAGAAGGUGACUAACGUGUUGUUUUAUAAUAUAAAGCACCUACAGCUUUCGUGAACCGGGCCUACGUUAUAUGCUAACUCAAAGUGUAGGUGCAAAUGCUUGAUAGAUAUUAUAUGUAAAUACUUUUACCUUAAAAAGGUACUAAUCGCAUUAAAUCCAUGAUUAAAAUAUGUUACUUAGUAGAUUAGGCUACUUUUGCAAUGUUACCUGCAUUGCCUGUCUAAUUUCCCAAAAAUACUUCAAAACACGAAGUCUGUUAUCCCAAAAUAUGACCGCUCCUGUAACUUUAGUUUACUUAGUUCAACUGACGCAGUACUUUAGUUUAGCAGAGACAAGUAAAUAACAAAGACAAAUGUAUUUAAGUGGAGGUCAAACUGUGUUACAAAACUCCUACCAAUUCUGUGUUGUUUUAGGCUUUGUCUCUGUUGUUAUUAAUUGUAUUAGGCCCUAGGUGCAAUUUUACCUACUUAAACUGUCCAUAUACAGGGCGGAAAAAUCGAAUGCCACAUGGAUGGCAACUACCCUAAAUAUUGUAAAUAGCACAUUUUGUGUAAGGGAGACUUUCCUUUGUUUUUAAAAACAAUAAAUACUGCAUUUAAGGAUUUAUGAAAAAUCGCUUGCCUCAGUCGGGACUCGAACCGGUCAAAUGUGACAAAAAAUAAUGUGCUGUAUUUUAUGAUGCAGAUUGAAAGGUUUACUGAUAAAGUUCAUUUUUCUCUAAAUAACAAAUACAAUCAGAAUAACGGAAGGCCAUGAAAAUUAACAAUUACCUUUGAAAUUUGAUUUCACCCGUCACAUGAAUUAAGACGUAAUCCUUGGAAUACAAGGAAAAUAAAGACGUUUAAAUGACAUGAUAAUGAUGAGCUACACUUAUGUUUACUUAUCACUUUAGUUGCGAUUACUAAUGCCACUUAAGUAACCUACCUACUUCCUUUGAUAGGAAAAUUGCAUCAAUUAUUCUCUAGUCAUCAUAGUAGCUAGGAUAGGUAAAUUUUAAAAAAUGGAACAUUUUAACGAACCGUUUUUGUUUUUUAAGUGCAAUCUUUUUAAUUUAAAACAAAUAAUGCCCGACUUGUUGAACGCAUUCUUUUCUUUUUUUUCGAAUUGUGUUUAUUCCAUUUUCAAAUAUUAGAGCUACUAUUUUACGUAGAUAAAUUGAAAUUGUGACUUGCAAGUGCUUUUACAUUAUUUGACCGGUUCGAGUCCCGACUGAGGCAAGCGAUUUUUCAUAAAUCCUUAAAUGCAGUAUUUAUUGUUUUUAAAAACAAAGGAAAGUCUCCCUUACACAAAAUGUGCUAUUUACAAUAUUUAAGGUAGUUGCCAUCCAUGUGGCAUUCGAUUUUUCCGCCCUGUAUAUCGAAUUAAGACUAUAGCCGCACAGAUAAUUGUUGGAGCUUUGUUCGAACUUUGGGCUCGAAUGCAAUGUUUCAUUUGUUGAACGAAUGAAAAAAUAUUUAUUGUUAUUUAGAUGUGGUCAUAAACCGAAUUAUGUAUCGUUUUAACUGUAGAUACAUUUUUUUACGUUGCAUUUAUCCUUUUAAAUCUUUUAAAAUAUUUAGUUAUUUAUGAACUACAAUGUAGCAAGAAAAAAUUGUAAAGAAAAUCUGUACAAGUUGUAUCAAUUUUAAUUGCUUUGGACUGGCUUUAUUUCAUGAAAUUAAGUAUAUUGUAAGACAUGACGAUGUAAGUAUAUAUUAUACAAUUUGCUUCUAAAAUGCAUUUUCUAUAAUAUAGAGCAAAUUAUUUAUAGAGGUAAAUAAACAAAAUUUUCUGUUAUGCAUUUUCCAUCGGAUAGGUAUAUUCAAUUUUCUAGUCAGUGAAAGUUUUUUGUAUCGCUUUAAUAAAUCAGUUAGGAUGACAUGUAA